GGCUGGUCACCCCGUGGUGCCCUUAUAAAACUCAACGUUUAACCUACACACUCCACUAUACACGACACGAUACACUACACUUAUACAAGUGUAGUGAGUUAUCAGGGAGACAGACGACGUAGUUGAGGCACACUCUUUUAUUUAACCAAAAGGCGGUAACAUUACUUGAAGGGGUAACGGCGCCUUCACCCGUACUCAAUGGGAAACACCCCUAGUACUAUCCCCUGACUUCUCCUAUUCCCAGUCCUCCGCUAUGAGUGCUAGGGGAGGCUAUCUGAUCCGGCCCUGGUCAAGCACGGAUCCCGGCACCCAGCUAACCAGGCCGUGCUCUUACAAGAGCAGCGGUCCUGGAGCUCUUGGGGCCGCGCCACUUGCCCUGCUCGGCCCUGACAAGGACAGCGAGCCAGGGGAGUUCCAGGGCCUAUUCUGCCGGUCUUCAGUCUUCAAUGAGCGGAGGCGGCGCUGCCCCCAUCCUCCGCGCUUGCCCAGGCCUAAAUGGCUGACGGUUGUUGUGGAGGAAGAGGAGACUCCGGUGGAGGAGCUGUUGGUGCAGGAGGAGGAGACCCUGGUGGAGGAGCUGGUGGUGCAGGAGGAGGAGAUCCUGGUGGAGGAGCUGGUGGUGCAGGAGGAGGAGACCCUGUUGGAGGAGCUGGUGGUGCAGGAGGAGGAGACCCUGGUGGAGGAGCUGGUGGUGCAGAAGGAGGAGACCCUGGUGGAGGAGCUGGUGGUGCAGGAGGAGGAGACCCUGGUGGAGGAGCUGGUGGUGCAGGAGGAGGAGACCUUGGUGGAGGAGCUGGUGGUGCAGGAGGAGGAGACCCUUGGUGCAAGAGCUGGUGGUGCAGGAAGAAGAGGAGAUGAGGGGGGAGACAGAGGAGUUAUGGACGAAGGAGCAGGAGGAUGAGAUGGUGGUGCAGGUGGAGGAGACAUUGGUGGAGAAGAUGGUGGAGAAAGAGAUGACAAGGAAAGAGGAUCAGGUGAUGAUGCAGGAGGAGAAGAGGAAGCGAGGGAGUCUGGCCCGCAUAGGGAGAACCAUCCGUUCACUCCUCCGACUCGUGCUGCUGUGUGGUAGCCGGUCCACCACACAGUAGAGGUGGCUCUGGAAUAACCCCCCAACCCCUCACCUGGGGUCGGGGGGGGGGAACUCGGCCUCUCAACGGUCCCGGUUCUCUCUCUAACUCAGGGUGGCACCCCCUGUCGACUCGUGCCCGCAACUACAGGUGGUGUGUGCUUUGCAUUUCCGACGCUACAUAUACAGCAAGAAAUACUCUACAUAUGUAAUAACAGCCAUAGAGGGUUCACGUGGGGAUUGGCUUGCCGGUCCUGCUUUGUAGCCAAUAAGGGUUGAGAUAGGGAGCAUGACCCCGGCGUGAUCACGGCAUGUCAUCAGGAGUGAUUGGCCUAGCCAUUCGGGGCCCCAGCUAAUGGGGAGCCGGAUGAGAGGCGUGGUCCCGGGAUUGACAGGGAACCAUCGAGAAUGGUCAAGGCUGUCCAUGGAGGAUUGGCUGGGGGGACCACGUGAUGGAAGGAUUAAGAGAGAGUGAGAGAGAACGAUCGGGAGCAGACUGGGGAACGAACAGAGCCACGCGCGUACGGGGGCUCUGGGUGCCACGUGCGCGGUGGGAACUGGUGUGAAGUCUGCCCGCUCUCUGUUGUCUGCCAGCAACAGAGAGUGUGUGAGUAAAGUGUAUUGUGGAAGUGAAAAUAAAGAGGACCGAUUCCGAA